CUAAUUUACCUGCCAACCUACAACUUGGCAUCUCCAUCUUGACGAAAAUCGCUAAACUUUCGUUCGCUACAAGCCUCUCCGUUGCAACCUAUUCCCCAUCACACUAAGCCAUCAUGACUUCUGGAGCUCCCCCCAACUACUAUGCCAUCUUAGAAAUAACUGAGAAAGCAACGACACAACAAGUUCGAGAUGCUUACAAGCGCGCCGCUUUAAAGACGCACCCGGAUCGCGUUGCUGGUGAUUCCCCAGAGCGAGCCGAGCGAACUCGCAAGUUCCAACUUGUCAACGAUGCUUACUUCACCCUCUCCGACCCCACACGCCGUCGUGAGUACGAUGCCCAGCGCAAGCUCUUCAACACCGGCACCACCCCUACGAACCCCUUCGAUGACAUCCCCGAGACCGAAACCGAGGGCGGGGCUGCACCACGUCAGAGCCCAUACUCGUGGGCAUGGAACUUCUUCACCAACCAAGCCACAGGAGGUCAACCUCCCCCUCAGGACCGUGAGCAGACCGAGAAUGCACAGUUCAGCGAUGUGUUUGAGGAGAUGAUGCGCGAAGAGGGCAUGGCCGAGGGCAGAGAUAACCACCCUACCGGCAGAUUCUGGGGCAUGCUGGGCGGUGCUAGUGGCGGCGCCCUAGGCUUUAUCGUUGCCAACGUGCCAGGUCUCGUUGCGGGUGCCGUAGCAGGAAACAGGCUGGGAGCUGUGCGUGACGCCAAGGGGAAGAGUGUGUACUCUGUGUUCCAGGACCUUCCUCAGGACGACAAGUCAAGACUGCUCAGCCAGUUGGCUGCCAAGGUGUUUAGUCACGCUGUCGGUAUUUGAAGUUGAAAAGAUGAGGUAUAGGUUAGGUCAGGUUUGCUGGGCGUUCUGGGAGUUGGUUUGGUUUGAAUGAGAUAUGGGAUUGAGCAGGAUGGAAUGAGUGAAGGACAUACCUAUAGCUUCUCAGGAAUAAACUUGCUGCAGUUAAAAAGAUUUAGUGUUGCUGAUCGGUUGUC